UCAGCCAACUAUUAUCGCAGUACAAACACUUGUGAGCUCUCCGAAAUGGAUCGCAUUACGCUGGCCGGCACUGGCGCAUUCCAGCCGCACGAUGCUGUCGAUUAUCUGGAGAAUAACUGCGCCGAUGAGCCAAAUAAAUUGUGCGAGUUCAAACGCUUGUCCGGCCGCAUACUGAAGACGGUGGAUUCGGUGUAUCAGGAUGUUGGCAGCAUUGAUGAGUGUCGUGAUUUAUGUUUGAAUUCACCGUACAGAUGCCACUCCUAUGACUACGGCGACACUGGCGACAUGGUUUGCCGUCUUUCGCAUCACAGCCGUGCUACGCUCUCCGAUGUGCANGAUCCUUACCUAGAAGUGCCGGAAGCAGCCACUUAUGAACUGUCAUCCUGCUACAAUGUGACCAUCGAAUGCGGCGCUGGCGACAUGAUUGCACGCAUACGCACAUCGAAACUUUUCGACGGCAAAGUCUACGCUAAAGGUUCGCCCAAAUCGUGCGCUGUUGAUGUUAAGAAUGCACUCGACUUCGAAUUGCGUAUGCGUUACCAGGAUCUCGAAUGUAAUGUACGCCAAAGCGGCUCUGGACGUUACAUGAACGAUGUAGUGAUACAGCAUCACGAUACCAUUGUUACUUCGUCUGAUUUGGGUUUGGCUGUUACUUGUCAAUAUGACUUGACUAACAAAUCGGUUUCGAAUGAAGUUGAUUUGGGUGUUAAGGGCGAUAUCGAACCAGCGCUUAGCGAAGAGGUUAUAGUCGAUUCACCGAAUGUGAUUAUGAAGAUUACUUCGCGCGAUGGCUCCGAUGUGAUGCGCUCAGCUGAGGUUGGUGAUCCGUUGGCGCUGAAAUUCGAAAUUCUCGAUGAACACAGUCCCUACGAGAUCUUUGUACGCGAAUUGGUUGCUAUGGAUGGUAGUGAUAAUGCAGAAAUUACGCUCAUCGAUUCGAAUGGCUGUCCUACCGAUCACUUCAUUAUGGGACCGAUCUACAAGAGUUCCUUAUCUGGUAAAAUUUUGCUCUCACACUUUGAUGCAUUCAAAUUCCCCUCAUCCGAAGUGGUGCAAUUCCGUGCGCUCGUCACGCCCUGUAUGCCCACAUGCGAACCGGUGCAAUGUGAUCAGGAGGACAUCGGCGGUGAAUUCAAGUCAUUGAUAUCAUACGGACGCAGGAGGCGUUCAAUUAAUGCAACAGCUACAUUUGCUGGCACUGUGCAGAAUAGCUAUGAACAGCAGCAACAAAAGCUGAUGGAAAAACAACACCGCACCAGACAACAGCAAUUGCGCCGGCGCACCAGACGUGAGACAGCCGCUUCGACGAACGGCAAACCUAGUCAAGAGGAUAUGCUUUUGGUACAAUCAAUUCAGAUCACUGACAAAUUUGGCUUCGAUAAGCAGCAACAGCAACAGCCCAAGUCCACGGCGUACGAUAGCAAUGAGACGAUUUUCAUUAGCGGUGAAGCUGGCCAAGGAUACUGUGUUAAUGCGAUCGGUCUUAUUGUGGCUGUCACAGUCUUCCUGCUCGCACAACUCGCCGUCAUAGCCAUCUGGACUUACUUGCACCAACGGCGCCGAAAACAGCAACCCUACAGCAACGAUAUUCUCAGCAACGGCUCCAGUUAUGGUUCGCACACAGGUAGCUCGGUAAAUGGCUCAGGAAUUGUGACUAGCGUGCCGAAUGCGCGAUCUGAAUCGUUGUGCAAAUUAUAUGACAGCGGUUUCGCAGGACGACACGGACGUCAAUUUUAAAGACAUAUGAGAAAUGAGAUAACAAUUGCACACAAAAUAACGACUAAACGAAGCGCAGAAACGAUAAACCACCUUGAAGUGACUUAGCAAAAUUUUUAAAAAUAUUAAUUGGUUGGUUUGGGGGUAAGGUGUGACAAAUAUGCGAAUUCUUGCCAGAAGUGGAGUAAGAAUUAUUGUGAGAAGUAAGAAAUGUAUGAAGCAAUAAGAAAAACAAACUUACGAAGACGCCAUUAACAAGAAUAACGAAAACAAGAUACAUACUUAUUUAAAUGAAGUUAUAACGGAGGUGCGUGCAGAUUAAACUCACAUGGUGCCGAAAAGUGAAACUCGUGGGCAAUAUAAACGAUAUGGAUAAUAUUGAUUAAAGUAAUUACAUAUUUAAUAGUACAUAGGUGCAUUAUUAUUAUCAAGGGUAGACAAAACAAAAAAACAACAACGCAUACAUAAAGCAAAGAACGUGAGAAAGCUAACGCGCAAUCGGAUGCCAGCUGGACGUUGCGUCAAAAUAGUCUAAAAUACUAGUUUUAAGCUAUGCGAUAAAAAAAGAUGUUCAAUUCGGCGAUUCAGCACAUAAACAAAUGAAUUCUUUAAGAUAUUGCAUAAAAUAUUUAAAUAGAACAUAGUGAUUAGGCGUGGAUAUACAGAAAAAAGGACGACUGAUAAUUUUGGAGUUUGUAUUAUUUUUCUUUACGAAAUUGCUAAAUCGUAGAUGCAGCGUGUCAAAGAAAUCUAAUACGACACAAGCGAUUGGCUUGCGAACUAUUGCGUAAUUGCAUAAGUUGCAGACAAAGUGUAGUUUUAAGUAGACGCUAUGCAUACACGGUCGCAUAAGACGGCAGUGGAUUCAGUAAAAACGGAAAAUGUGAAACAUAAAGAAUCUAGCAAUUAGAAACACUGCAUUUAUGGCAGACUUAUAAUAGUUAAUUCAUUGCAAUAGUUUUAUUUUUUAGGUUUAAAUUUAAUAGGUAUAUACGUACAUAUACAUAAAAACAUACAUACAUGCACAAACGUACACACGUACACACGCAUUCAAGCAGAACAGUCACAAACUUACUUCGUAAAUGCAUAUCACAAAAGC